CUUUCGAAAUAUCCCAUGUAUCAUAUUUUAUUUGUGAAGUGAACGUAACCUCAAAUAUUUGAAAUAAUGUUUUCCAAAAACAUUUUUCUAAGACCAUCAGGUUUUAUUCGGUUUCUAUCAACUAAACGAAAAUAUCCCAUAAACCUGGAGGACGAAAAGAAAUUGCCAAUUUUUGAGUAUGGAGAAAGCAAACCUUCGUACAAUCGAAUCUUCGUAUGGGGAUGUUACUUGACCGGAGCUCUUGGUACGCUUUCAAAGAAUCACGAUCUGAAAAAGAAAACUUCUCAACGUUCCCCUAAACGCUUAACCUUUGCCGAAAUGCAUAACGUGACCAGUAUUGGAUGCGGAUAUGGAUUUACCCUUUUUGGUGUGGAUUCAUCAAAUACGAAGCUGUACGGGACUGGCUUAAAUACGGACUCACAGAUAGGAUAUCACACAAUUAGACGGAAUAAACCUUUAGAAAUACUGUUCAGACCUCAACCGAUUAUAUUGCCAUUUAAAUCGCCAGAUAAAGCUAAAGUGCUCAAAGUUAAAGGCGGAAGAGCUCACUCUGUUAUAUUAACUAAUGAAGGUAUCUUCCUUUUAGGUAAUAACUCAUACGGGCAGUGCGCGAGGAGGGUCAUACAGGAUGAAAAUUACAGCUUAACAACAUUCAUUAAUCAUAUUUCGUCAGUUGACGAUAAAGUUAUAAGUGAUAUACAGUGUGGACAAGAUCAUACCUUAAUUUUAACCAAAGAUGGUUGUGUAUACUCAUGCGGAUGGGGUGCUGAUGGACAAACGGGUUUAGGCCACUUCAACUCGGUUUCGCAAUUGACAAAGGUAAACGGUGACAUUGAAUCAGAGAAAAUAGUGAAAAUAGCCACAUCGGCUGAUUUUAAUCUAGCCUUAAAUGAUAAGGGGAACGUGUUCGGUUGGGGAAAUACAGAGUAUGCUCAAUUAACAACCACAGAUGGAAAUCAGCAAGUUUGCCAUCCCACCUUUAUCAAAAUGUGUACAAAAAUUGGAAAUGUACGAGACAUUGCGACCGGUGGCACAUUUUGUGCGGUUGUCACUGAGGAAGGUAAUGUGUACGUCUGGGGUUACGGGCUUCUAGGGGUGGGCCCUUCAGUGCAAUCGUCAAAAGUCCCCCUUCAAAUCCCCGCGACUCUUUUUGGUGUCAAUGACUUUCAACCGGACACCUGUGUAAACUCAGUAUAUUGUGGAAUUAAUCAUUUGUGUGCGGUCACAAAUUAUCACGAUCUGUAUGCAUGGGGGCGAAACAAACAUAAUUGUCUCGGUUUGGGGAUUAAAAACGAUCAACAUUUCCCUCUUAAAGUAGCUGUAAGUGGAUACGUUAAAGACGUUGCUUGUGGCAUCGAUCAUUCUGUUGCACUAUGUAAGCCAUUCGUGUAAAUAAACUGGAAAUUUAUUACAAAUUCAUGGCAAAAUAAAAUAACUAUAAAUUAGAUAUUGCAUAACAAACAAUAGUUUACCAUAUCUUAUUAAUUAUAGAACAAGAAUCCCACGGUGUAUGUGUACUGAAAUAUACACAUGCAAUGUCGAUACGUUAAUGUUCUUUGGAUACCAUAUGUCGCAUUAAAUUGUUAAUAAAUUUAUCCAUCUUCUUAACGUCCUGAGCGACUUCAGUUUUAAAUUGAAAGCACUGUAAAUUCACGUUAUAAAUAAGAUUGAAAAUAAAGACCCAAAUUACUA